GAGAGUAGAUUCAGCUUGCAUUGCAUCAUGGCCUUCAAAAUCACCAAGAAGCAUCACAAACACCUUAACAAUCCUUUCCCUUCCCCUCCAAAAUCCAUCCCUUUUAUUCAAGGAGCUCUCUCUCUCAAUCUCCAAGCACUCCCUUCACACCAGAUCUAUAGUAUUGGCCAUGAUUUUCAAUUCAACUGGUCGGCGAAGAACGGCGGAUUUCUUUCCAUAUCUCACAAGUCUCAGCCUGCCAGACAUGCAUGGUCCACCAUUCCUGGUGAGGUUUUCAUCUCUGCUGCAGCGGUUGAAACAGAGGUGGUAGAAAGCAGAGGGUCAUUUGUGAUCAAGGAUAAGGAUGUUCAUUUGAUAUGCAAUCAUCAAACCAUUGAUGAUAUCAGAGUCAUAAAUGAAUCAGAUUUGCCUUCGGAAGCCAAAGAUCAUGACUUUCCAUCACUUUCUGACAAAAGAAAUGGUCAGUUUCCUCUUUUGCUGAUCAGAGGAAAGGUUUUCAGUGUCAGGAAAAGGAAGAAGAAGAUUCAAAGUUACCAUGGAAAUGAGAACACACGUCUUUCGGAAAAAGAAGCUUCAACCUCUGCUAGCUACUGGCUGCUUUUUUACCAGAAAAAUAGUAAUCAAGUUAGCUUUCAAGUGAGGCUCGGAAAGCCUAAGGUGGCAGUAAACCAAAGAUUUUCAUCAAGAACUUACAGAAGUUUUUCCCAGAAGUUUGGUAUGAUUAAUCGAUGCCGUGUCAGAUGGUCCAGACUUCUUUCAAGGAAAAAAGGGAUUGUCACAGUUUCAUCUACAGAAGAGGAAAAAGUGACAAUGAGAACAGCCGGGUCUCAAUACUUCAACAGGAUCUUUCUCACUUAUUCAAGUGAAAAAAAUGAGAGAUUUUACGGUUUCGGGGAGCAAUUUUCUCAACUGGACUUCAAAGGAAAACGAGUACCCAUUUUUGUUCAAGAACAAGGAAUUGGGAGAGGAGACCAACCUAUUACCUUUGCAGCCAAUUUGGUGAGCUACAGGGCAGGAGGAGAUUGGAGUACAACUUAUGCUCCUUCGCCAUUCUACAUGACAUCCAAAAUGAGAUCCCUUUACUUGGAGGGGUACAACUAUUCAGUCUUUGAUCUAACAAGACAUGAUAGAGUUCAGAUACAGGUAAAUGGAGAUUCAUUAGAAGGACAGAUACUGCAUGGGGACUCACCUUGUGAGCUCAUUGAGCACUUAACAGAAAGUAUAGGAAGGCCUCCAGAACUUCCAGAGUGGAUAAUUUCUGGUGCUGUGGUGGGAAUGCAGGGGGGCACAGAUACUGUACGCAGCAUCUGGAAUGAAAUGCAAAGGCAUGGAGUCCCAGUGUCAGCGUUCUGGUUGCAGGAUUGGGUAGGGCAGAGGGAGACAAUGAUUGGUUCACAGCUUUGGUGGAACUGGGAAACAGAUACCACAAGAUAUUAUGGGUGGCAGCAAUUAAUUAAAGAUCUUAAUGCUCAGUAUAUCGAAGUGAUGACUUAUUGCAAUCCUUGCCUUGCCCCGAUGGAUACAAAGCCAAACACUAGGAGACACCUCUUUGAGGAGGCAAAGAACUUGGGCAUCUUAGUGAAAGACAAAUAUGGUCAACCGUACAUGGUGCCCAACACAGCUUUUGAUGUGGGAAUGUUGGACUUGACACAUCCGCAUACUGCAGGUUGGUUCAAGCAGGUGUUGAAAGAAAUGGUGGAUGAUGGAGUCAGAGGAUGGAUGGCUGAUUUUGGUGAAGGCCUGCCAGUGGAUGCUUGCCUCUAUUCAGGUGAAGAUCCAAUUGCUGCCCAUAAUAGAUAUCCAGAACUAUGGGCUAAAAUCAACCGUGAUUUUGUGGAUGAAUGGAGAAGCACAAACAUAUAUAAUGAAAUGGAAGACCAAGAAGAAGGUUUGGUGUUUUUCAUGAGGUCUGGUUAUCGAAAUAGUCCUAGAUGGGCUAUGCUAUUCUGGGAGGGAGACCAAAUGGUCAGCUGGCAAACCAAUGAUGGGAUAAAGAGUUCUGUGGUUGGUUUGCUUAGCAGUGGAAUGUCUGGGUAUGCUCUAAACCAUAGUGAUAUUGGAGGCUACUGUUCAGUAAACAUACCGUUUUUUAAGUACACAAGAAGCGAAGAGCUGCUCCUCCGAUGGAUGGAAUUAAAUGCCUUCACCACCAUCUUCCGAACACAUGAAGGGAACAAGCCGUCUUCCAACACCCAGUUCUACUCCAACAAUAGAACUUUAUCACAUUUUGCACGUUUUGCAAAGGUGUAUAAAGCUUGGAAGUUUUACAGGAUUCAACUAGUUAAGGAAGCUUCCCAAAAAGGCCUCCCUGUUUGCCGGCACCUAUUCCUUCACUAUCAAGAUGAUGAUCGUGUGCAUAGCUUGACCUAUGAGCAAUUUCUUAUCGGAAGUGAGAUCCUUGUGGUACCUGUGCUAGACAAAGGCAGGGAAACUGUUAAAGCUUAUUUCCCAAUAGGAGAAUGCAGUUCAUGGAAACAUAUUUGGACAGGUGAACUGUACUCAAAACAAGGUUACGAAGCUAUGGUGGAAGCACCUAUCGGCUACCCUGCAAUUUUUGUUAAAGAUGGCUCCGCUGUUGGAGAAACCUUUUUAGAAAACCUCAAAAACUAUGGUAUCCUGUAAAGCAACAGUCUAAUUGAUUGUACAAAACAUUUUAACUUACUCAAGUCAAUAAUUCAUAAA